UAUUCAUACACUUAGAGGGAGUAGCCAUUUUGCGAUUGCGAGAUAGCCGGCUGGGGUUGCAGAGAAAUUUAUUUUUCUAUUAAUAAUUAUCUACGAAAAGAUUCAUCAUGGAUGAAACAUACGACUGUAUUGUUUUAGGCACUGGUCUGAAGGAAUGUAUUUUAAGUGGUAUGUUAUCAGUUUCUGGAAAGAAAAUUCUUCAUAUGGAUCGUAAUAAUUAUUAUGGUGGUGAAAGUGCUUCAAUUACUCCCCUAGAUCAAUUCUAUCAGAAGUUUUCACGUGAAAUGAAAGGUGAAUUGGGACGCGCCAAAGACUGGAAUGUGGAUCUAAUUCCAAAAUUUUUGAUGGCUAAUGGUCAGCUUGUGGAAAUGUUAGUGUCUACUGGUGUUACAAGAUAUUUAGAGUUUAAAGCUGUUGAUGGCAGUUAUGUUUACAAAGGUGGUAAAAUUUUCAAAGUUCCUGCUGAUGAAAAGGAAGCUCUUGGAUCUUCCUUAAUGGGUUUAUUUGAAAAGAGAAAGUUUCGAAAUUUCUUGCUUUACACUCAAGAAUUCAAUGAAGAAGAUCCAUCAACAUUUAAAGGAAUUAAUCCCAAAGUUGACACAGCAGCUACAGUGUACCAGAAGUUUGGAGUUGAUUCUAAUACAACUGAUUUUACUGGUCAUGCUUUGGCAUUAUUUUUGUCUGAUGACUAUAUGAACAAGCCAGGUAGUGCACUAGAUUUGGUCAGAAGAUGUAAAUUGUACUACAAAUCUUUAAGUCGUUAUGGUAAAUCACCAUAUCUAUAUCCAUUGUAUGGAUUGGGAGAACUGCCACAAGGUUUUGCCAGAUUGAGUGCUAUCUAUGGAGGUACAUAUAUGUUAGAUAGACCCAAUACAGAAAUAGUAUAUGAAGAUGGUAAGGUUGUUGGUGUGAAAUUUGAAGGAGAUGUAGCCAAAUGUUCAGCUGUUAUUUGUGACCCUUCAUAUUGUUCUGAAAAAGUUGAGAAGCAAGGACAGGUAGUGAGAGCUAUUUGUAUAUUGAAUCAUCCUGUACCUAAUACAAAAGAUGCUCAAUCGUGUCAGAUUAUCAUUCCUCAACACCAAGUUAAUAGGAAAUCAGAUAUUUAUAUAUGUGUAGUAUCAUAUGCCCAUAAUGUCUGUUCAAAAGGCUUCUAUUUGGCUAUUGUUAGUACAACAGUUGAAACCGCUAAUCCUGAAGCAGAAUUAAAAGUUGGGAUGGAUUUAUUGGGUUCCAUCAUUGAAUCAUUUGUUACUGUAAGUGAUUUAUAUGUACCUACUGACGAUGGUAAAGACAGCAGAGUGUUUAUUACAAAAUCUUUUGAUGCUACAACUCAUUUUGAAACGACAUGUGAUGAUGUUGUUGAUACAUUUGAAAGACUAAUGGGACAGCCCUUUGAUGCUAAACAAAUUAAGCAUACAACUUGUGGAGAAGAUGAAUAAGAAGAGCAGACUUGUGAUCAAUUAUUUGUUAUUUUUUGUUAUGUUCAGCUUUCAUUUCACACAAAUAUACUUUGAAAGUUUUUUUUCAACAGGGGGCCACAUGUUGUAUAUGAUAUUUAUAAUUCACGACACUAAAAUCAGGACAUAAUUAUUAAAAUGAAUAAAUUCUCAUAAUAUAU